UCACAGGAUGAAAUGAAGAGACUUUGACGAUUCGCCUGUUCCUUUAUUCAUUCUACAUAAGAGGCGCUUUGAAAAUUGAGAACGUGAAACUGAGUAAUUCUGGAGACGGAGUUAGGAUAUCUGAAUGGUGGCUGGAGCUUGGAAUUCCAAGGAUUGCGGAUUCGAAUCAGAAGUUGUAGACAGAAAGGAGCAAACACUAAACAAUGAGUAGGUUCGGCAAAGAGAUAGGUACUUGUGAUGAUGGUACUGUCAGUAAUGAAUCUUCUGCUAGUGGGUCAGCUAGAGAAAGAACGGUUUAUCUUGAUCAUGAAAUUGCACAACUCACUAAACUUAGGUCAAGCGCCCAUAAACUUUUUGGGUGUGUUGAGCCUGGUAGGACGAGGUUGCCAGUAUCAACUGUACGAAUGUUAGCUGGCAGAGAAGCUAAUUAUUCUGGACUUGGGAGAUUCUCAUCAAGAGAUGGUUGUCAUGUUCUAAGCCGCUAUUUGCCUACUAAUGGUCCUUGGCUGGUGGAUCGGAUGGAAAGCCGUGCCUAUGUUUCACAAUUUUCUGCUGAAGGAUCACUAUUUAUUGCUGGCUCUCAGGGAAGCCACAUUAGGGUCUAUGAUGUUGACAGGGACUGGAAGGUAGUGAAGGACAUUUCUGCUAGAAACCUGAGGUGGACGAUUACUGAUACAUCUCUUUCACCAGAUCAAUGCUACCUUGUUUAUGCUAGUAUGUCUCCUGUUGUCCAUAUUGUGAAUGUUGUCGGGUCUGCUACAGGACAAUCAAUAGCAAAUGUUACGGAAAUUCAUAAUAGUUUAGAUUUAUCUUCUGAUGAAGAUGAUGACGAAUUUGGGAUUUUCUCUGUCAAGUUUUCUACGGAUGGCCGAGAACUUGUUGCAGCUACUAGUGAUUCCUCAAUAUGUGUUUAUGAUCUUCGAGCUGAUAAGCUGAGCCUUAGAAUUCCUGCCCACGUGUCUGAUGUUAACACUGUCUGCUUCGCUGAUGAAUCUGGCCAUCUUAUAUAUUCUGGAAGUGAUGAUGGUUCCUGCAAGGUAAACCUUUUAUUCUAUCCCGGGCUUCUAGAUGACGAUGGGAUUAUAGGUGGAUGGAUUACCCCCAACAGGCAGAAAAAUAUAAAACAUCCCCAUGACCAGUCAUUGGCAACAUAUAGAGGCCACUCAGUGUUGCGUACCUUAAUCCGCUGCUACUUUUCACCAUCGUACAGCACUGGACAAAAAUACAUUUACACUGGGUCCAGCGAUGGCUCUGUUUAUAUCUAUGACCUGGUGAGCGGAGCUCAAGUUGCAAAACUUGACCAUCACGAAGGACCUGUGAGAGAUUGUAGUUGGCACCCUGUGUACCCAAUGUUGAUCAGUUCCUCCUGGGAUGGUGACAUAGUCAGGUGGGAAUUUCCAGGGCGUGGCGAACCAAUCGCUCGACCGAACAGAAGAGCCUUAGCAGGUCAAUUACAAUCUCGGCGUCGGAGAAGGAACUUUUUUAACAUCUAGCUUAUGAUCUCUGUCCAUACAUAUGAGCUCUAGCCCAC